GACGCGCAGCGUGUCUCCUCACUCAGCAGCUCCGGGAGAAGAAUGGGAAAGGGGGAAUGGGAUUGUGUAUGAAGACGAGGCAGAGUGUGAAAACAUGAAGACAACCGGCUACAUUUAAAUACAUUUCAAUCAGAAAAUCACAGCUAGGCCUGAUUCACAGGGACUUUCACCUUUUUCCACCCGGGGGAGGAGGUGUGUUUGCUGCCUUUAGAGAACCCAGGAGAGGAGAGGAUCCUCUUUGUGAAUCCUAUUUGACUGGGAUAAAAGCCCGGGACGAGAGUCGAGCAGUGGUUUCAUCUGACCUUUUGGAGGAAGAAGAGGAGACACUUCAGAGAUGGAGCAGGUAUCAGAUGACGAGCUGGACCACGGAGCGGAGGAGGAGGACAGCGAUAAGGAGGACCAGGACCUGGAUAAGAUGUUUGGAGCCUGGCUGGGAGAGCUGGACAAACUCACACAGAGUCUGGAUGACGGCAGGCCGCAGAAAGCUCUGCAGAAACCUCCGCUCAGGCAGGAGACCAACAUGGCCAACUUCUCCUACCGCUUCUCCAUGUACAACAUCAACGAGGCGUUGAACCAGGGUGACACGGUGGACCUGGACGCCCUCAUGGCAGAUCUGUGCUCCAUCGAGCAGGAGCUCAGCACCAUCUCCAAACCCAACUCUCGCGGUCAGAGCAAAAGCCAGCGAGGCCCCGGGGGGCGCAGUGCCAGCACCAAGCACACCGGGACCAGCGGAGGAGGAAGCAGUGGAGGAAGCGCGAGUAGCAGCACCAGAGCGUCACCAGCUAACACAGUCCGAGGCGGCAGUGUCAACCGACCCGCCGCCUCCAACAUCUCCCUGGAUGACAUCACCUCCCAGCUGGAGAAGGCCUCCCUCAGCAUGGACGAAGCUGCGCGUCAGACUUCCUCUUCCUCCUCUUCUUCUUCUUCCUCUUUCUCCUCUACCACAAUGCGGAGACCCUCGUCCGGUUCGUCCGGUGGCGGAGGCGGGCAGCACAGGAGGACGGGCUCGGUGGGCGCCGUCAGCGAGCAGGAGGCUCCGUCACAGCGAUCCAGCGUGAACUCGGCGUGCGCCUCAGCGUCCAGCAUGGACUCGCUGGACAUCGAUAAAGUGAUGGCGGGCGGAGAGGGGGAGGGACAGAGCAGCCCGGGGACGCAGGGGCAGAACCAGACCAGCACAGAGCAUGUCACACUGCGACGGGCCAACGGUAAGCCGGCCAGGCGGCAGCUUGACUUCGCCUCACGCGAGGGUGAAGUGGAUCGGGCCACUCACUCGUAUCUGGACCGAGAAACCUCGCUCAUUCUGAAAAGCAUAGCUGGAAAGCCUUCUCACCUCCUGACCAAGGAGGAGCAAGCCGCCAAACUGAAGGCGGAGAAGAUCCGAGUCGCUUUGGAGAAAAUCAAGGAGGCCCAGGUCAAAAAGCUGGUGAUCCGGGUCCACAUGUCAGAUGAGAGCUCCAAGACCAUGAUGGUGGACGAGCGGCAGACAGUCAGACAGGUGCUGGACAGCCUGCUGGACAAGUCUCAUUGCGGCUACAGCCCCGACUGGUCUCUGGUGGAAACCAUCAACGAGCUGCAGAUGGAGCGUAUCUUCGAGGAUCACGAGAACCUGGUGGAAAACCUUUUAAACUGGACCCGGGACAGCCACAACAAGCUGAUGUUCAUCGAACGCAUCGAGAAGUACGCUCUCUUCAAGAACCCUCAGAACUAUUUGUUGGGGCGGAAGGAGACGUCUGAGAUGGCUGACAGGAACAAAGAAGCCUUAUUAGAGGAGUGUUUCUGCGGCGGCUCGGUGUCGGUGCCAGAGAUCGAAGGCAUCCUCUGGCUGAAGGAAGACGGGAAGAAGUCCUGGAAGAAGCGUUACUUCCUCCUCAGAGCUUCUGGGAUCUAUUACGUCCCCAAAGGCAAAGCCAAGGCGUCCAGAGAUCUGGUCUGCUUCCUGCAGCUGGACCACGUCAACGUGUAUUACGGACAGGACUACCGCAGCAAAUACAAGGCUCCAACCGACUACUGCCUGGCCCUCAAGCAUCCACAAAUCCAGAAGAAGUCUCAGUACAUCAAAUACCUGUGCUGUGAUGAUGUCAGGACCUUGCACCAAUGGGUGAACGGGAUCCGCAUCGCCAAGUACGGGAAGCAGCUGUACAUGAACUACCAGGAGGCCAUGAAGAGGACGGAGGCGGCCUAUGAUUGGUCCUCUCUGUCCACCUCCAGCAUCCGAUCUGGCUCCAGCUCUGCAAGCAUACCAGAGUCCCAGUCCAACCAUUCAGGCCACUCGGACAGCGGCGUGGACACAGGCUCCUCUCACGGCCGGUCUCAGAGCGUGGUGAGCUCCAUCUUCUCAGAGGCCUGGAAGAGAGGGACUCAGAUCGAGGAGAACACCAAGCAAAUGCGGAUGGAGGCGUCCAGGUCGGGGACUCUGCCACACGGCUCUCACGGUCACCGACAUCACAGCCAUCAUUCAGUGGAUCACCUGACUCUGACACCGUCUCCCCAACCUCAGCCUCCACCUCAGACUCCUCCUCAGACUCCACCUCAGCCCCAACAGCAGCAGCAGCAGCAGCAGCAGCAGCCGCUACAACCGCCUCCGUACGCAUCCCUGCAACACCAGCACUCGCCACUCCAGCCUCCGUCUCCUCAGCAGACCCCACAGCCGCCUCCACCCACCAUGAUCCAGCAUCCACCGGAGACUCCACCAUCUCCACAACAACAGCCGCACCCCAUCAGCAGCUACAUCCACAUGCCUCCCCCUCAGCAGCAGCAGCAGCAACAAGAAGUGGCAACUCCACCCCCGCCUCCUCCUCCGCCGCCUCCCCCUCCACCUCCACCCCCAAUGCAAACAAUUUCCCACCACUCCCCAGCUCCGACCAUGUACAAGUUCAGCACCAUCAACCGGCUGCAGAACCAGCAGUCCUCCAACAACCACCGGCUGCCGGCUCACAUCCACUCUUUGGGUCAGCAGGUCCUGCCUCCGUCUCCUGCUCCAGCACGGGAACCCAUCAAACCCAACGUCAACCACAUCGCUGCAAGGACUAAUGUCCCGCCUCCUCCUCCACCUCCGCCUCCCCCAUGCAUGCCGACCCCUGGGUCCGCCAUGGCUGUUUUAAAAAUGGGUCCUCCAAGCCCUGCUGCCCCCCCUUCCUUCAUUCCUCCGCCCCCUGCACCUCCACCUGCUUCCCAAUCCAAUGGAUUAGCAUUUCCUCCCCCUCCACCUCCACCUCCUGCGGUGAUGGCUCCCAUGAGCCACCCUGUUUAUCCCAACGGGCUGAAGCAGGCGCUGAAGGAACGGUUCCCCAGCCCGCCACGGGACCUCCUGCCUCCAAACGGAGGCCUUGAAGACUCCCCACCUCCUGCCCCAGCUCCACCACCUCCUCCUCCUCCCCCUCCCCCUCCACCACCACCUCCUCCUCCUCCUCAGCAGUUCCCAGUGGCAGCCCACUUCCCGCCUCCUCCUCCAGCACCACCCAAAACCUUCAACCCGGGCUUCAUCCCUCAUGCUGCCCCCAAACCCAUAUCCCCCGUCUUCCCGUUCCCUCCUGCUCCACCUCCUGCCACUCUUGGUUGUCCAACCCCACCACCGCCCCCACCUCCUCCUCCAGCUGCUCCUUUCAAGAAGCAGUUCAGUCUCCAGGCGGGGCACACCUCCAGCCACCCUCCUCCGACUCUGCCGAAGCAGCACAGCCUCUCCAAGCCCUCCUCCAUCUCGACCGGAGGCCCGCCUGCGAUGUCUUUAGUGAAGCAGCUGGCGAGUCAGUUUCCAGGAGCGUCAUCACAAGCAGCCAAUCACAGCGAGAGCCCCAAAGCCCCCCUCUCCCCCCCAGCAGUCAAGACCAAACCAAGAUGGCAGCCAGGUGGAGGCCAGCAGCUCCAGUCUCCAGAGUUCCCUCCUCCGCCUCCGGCUGAUAAUAACGCCAGCUUCCCUGCUGCUGCUGCUCCACCUCCUCCUCCUCCUCCUCCUCCUCCUCCACCACCACCACCUCCUCCCCCUGUCACAGGUCCGACUCCUCCACCACCUCCCCCAGUCAAAGGACCAACUCCUCCACCCCCCCCCCUCCCUCCUGGAAACCUGGGCUCUCCUUUGAGGAGGUCACCGUCUGGAUCCUCAAAUUUUGGAGGCAAGAGAGCUCCGCCCGCCCCGCAGAGGAACUCCAGCAUCAAGCUGGACGCCUCGGCUUCUUAUGAGGAGUCCAGGAGGAACUUGCUGAGCAAGUUUGCCCCCAAGGGUAACGCUCCUCCUUCCUACCCAGGCUCCUCCUCCUCCUCCACCGGAUCCCCCUCUAAGGACCCCUCAAAUGGCCCCCCAGCUCCCCCAAAACCGGGCAAGCUCAACCUCUCCAACCUCCCGGCGGCGCUCCAGGCCAAAGUGAGCCAGGUGAAGCAGUCCAGCGGCGACUUCCCUUCUCCGCCUCCUGAUUGCGCCUACUUCCCUCCUCCGCCCCCCGCCUCUGACCUCUUCCCCCCUCCUCCACCUCCUGGUUCUGACGCCCAUAGUGGAGGGCCGCCGAGGGUGGCUGUGGUCAAUCCGCAGCCCCAGGCCCCGCCUCCUCCUCCACCAGUCCCCCUCGUAAGCAACUCAACAUGGGGGAAAAGCUCGCUGAAAAAGACUGCUCCACCAACACUGUCACGGCGUAGCAACACCACGCCAGACCCCCCUCCACUUUCCCCUCCGCCCACCUCUCCAAAGGGUAGCUCGGGCCAGCCUAACUUCCUGGAUGAUCUGCACCGGACUCUGAAGCGGAAAUCAGUCGGACGCCAAGGUUCCCUGAACUCAGCCGGCCUCUCGGGCAAGCUGGAACCUGCGGGAACGAUGGACGACAUGGCGCUGCCUCCGCCUCCACCCGAGCUGCUCCUGGACCAAGAGAACCAAAGCAACGGAGGGAACGGCGGCUACAUGUCCGGAAACAUCUCAGGCUAUGCAACGCUGCGACGAGGACCCCCGCCUGCACCACCCAAACGGGGGGACGCCACGAAACUCACUGGAGAGUGUUGAGUUCAGAUCAGGACAUGAGAAAGACAAUGAAGAAUAUAUGGGAGUGAAUAUUCAUACGAUGACUGUGUACAUAUGAAAACCCAAACCAGACCCUGAUCAGUUAGUGUUUGCUGAGUAUUGCAUCUUUAAAGCUUGGUGUGCCGGAUCAGUGCGGUUUCAAUGAACCCCAUUAAUCCGGCUCACCAAGCAGAGUCAAGUAAUAAUAAGAAUCCUGCAAAUAUUACUGGAUCCAGGUCUGAGCUGAACCAUGUAUCUGCUUCUCUGCCAUAAGUUUGUGCCACGUACAGGAUCAAAAACCGACAUGAGGAUCUUUCUGCUUUGGUACUGCAUGGAGCUCAUGUGGGAACAGGCUGUGACAACAAUCUGCUGUUCUGGUGUGUGUGCAUGAGAGAGAGAGGGAGAGAGAGAGAGACACCGAGACUGAAGAUACAUACAUGCAUUGUGUGCAUGCAUGUAUGACUACAAGGUGUGGGGAAGCGUGAAGGAAGGCCGUCGUGGAGCGCAGAUCGGUUUGUUUUUAUAUGAAAUUAUUUAAUGAUUGCUAAAUGGAAGGAUUUUUUAUGAGUUUGUAUUUUAAAAGUCAAGAGAGGAACAAAAACAUUCAGGCACAGUGGAAUGUAUUCGGGAAGGCACAUUUGGGAAUGAUGAAUUACAGACAUGAAGGAAAGACGACUGAAAAUACUAGAGCCCGGCUGAUGUCCGAGUCCGGCCUAUCAGAGAUCAUCUCCAAACUACAGAACAUGCUAUGCAGAAAAUAAUGAUUUUAAAUGAGCGUCAUCCUGCAGUUUGUCCAGCAGAGGGCGCUCUAACUUCAUAUUUUAGAGUACUCACAGCACUGUCUGCUCUGGAGUUUAGUGACACUUAAAAAGCCUUUAAUACGUCAUUACUCGGCGAUGCUACCUGCUUCCGAAUGAUACUACCUACGAUAUUUCUACAUGAUGAUAAGAUCGUAAUGUACCGAAGUUUAUAUUUAAGUUAUAUUUUGGGGAUUUUUUCGCCUUUAUUGACAGGACAGCUGAAGAGACAGGAAAUGUGGGGAGUAGAGAGAGGGGCAGCAAAUGGUCAACCGGCCUGGAGUCGAACCAGCGACCUCUGCAAUGAGGACUAUAGCCUUGAUAUGUGGGGCGCUUAGACCGCUAGGCCACCAGUGUCCCAGUACCGAAGUUUAUGAAAAGGGCAGAUAAGUGAUCGGGCGCUGCGAAUGAAAACAAAGCCAUGAAACAGAAAAUAAGUCGUGGUUUUUAAACGCAAGUCUUUUUCUGAGCUAGCAAUGUUUGUGACGAUAAUAAGAAAGCCUAUCAUUUGAUUUUCAUAUCGAUCAGGAUCAUAUCGAAGUUUAGAGCUCUGGUAUCAUCCCUAAUAUCAAAUAUCAGUAUGGAUUGAUGUAACAAGUCAGUAUCGUUAAUGUUAAAUCACGUAGCUGUAUUAAAUAGGUCUAUUUCGUCUUCUUAUAUCGACUCUAGGCCCCUACAUUUUCAUAUCAGCAAUUAUUGCGUCAUUAUCCAAAGAAUUGGUCGAUAUUUCUUUGAUUCAUGUUGCUUUUUUUUUUGCCAUAAUUAUAGGAGUGAAAAAUCCCUCAGUGUCAUUCCAGCUCUAGAAAUGAAAUAUCGGCUGCAGUAUUGGUAACAGACGGACUCUCCUCUCUAACAUCUGUAUCAGUCUUAUAUCGGUCUGAUAUCGGUCUGAUGUCGGUCUUAUAUCGGUCUGAAAUCGGUCGGGCUCUUAAAAAAAAAAAAAACAACUCAAACUCUGUUAAACUUUUGACUCUGUUCUCAUUUCUAGACUGUUUCAUAAACUUUGCAAAUGCAAAUAAGAAGGACGCCUUAUUCCCAAAGUCUUGCACAGAGGUCCGAGCGGAUCUGGACUGUGCUUCUGGAGGAUGUUUUUUUAUUUAUCAGACUUCUGUCAAGGAGAAAUGGGGAAGGCCUGCUGCGGUGGUUGGUGGUGCAUCUCUGUGGACUGUGUGAGACCCCCAUGCGUGUGGCUCGAUUUUGGACCUUAUCCCUUCAGUUUGUAUCUGUACAGUUGCAGCUGCUACUCCCUCCGUUUACCGUUGGUCCCCCCCCUCCGCCGCCUUCUGAAGUCACAUGGUGUCACAUUUCAGGAAGUCGAAGAAUGUACAGAUCGGAUCUGGGAAGUGAACUCAUCCACACAGAUUGAAAAACAUGCAUUAGUCCGGGUGAUGUACAGAGAAGUAAACCAUGUAACAGAAGUGGCAUUAGACUGAAUGUUGCUGUGUCUGUCAUCUUUGUUUCUACAUGGUGCCAUUACUGCUCCACUUCUAGAUUAUGAUUUGAUUUCUUGCAGCGAUUCCUCCAUUUGAAGGGUGCUCAACGUGUAUCAGGACGACAUAUCAUUCAUAUCUGACACUUUAAACUGGAUUUAAAUUGGCUUCUGUGCAGAAAUGUGUGCUCUGUAAAUCACUUACAAGCAUCAGGAUGCUCUUUCCCGUUUAAACCCCUAUUUAACAUGCUUCUCUUUCGUUCUGCUGCAGCCACUGAAGGGCAGGCGGCGGCGUACCAUUUCCUCUAACUGAAUAUCAUUGUCUUCUGCAGGAUGUUUGCUACAGUACAGUAUGUAAGUUAUUGAUGUGCUGACGUGAACACGUGGGGCCAAGUGAAGUGACGAAAAAGCGGUUGCAGAUAAAGAGUAAAUGUGUUCCUCUUGCAUUUAGACUGAAAAUCACAAUAUAAAUGUUCAAACCAGAUGCCAA